AUGUUUUUGUCCCAGCACGUUCAACAUUAUCAUGUUGAAUUAUUGUGCUUGAAAUGUUUCAAUCAAUUGGCUUACAAUCGGUUAUCAUAUCGUAAAAUGGCUCCAACUCAAUCGGCAUCAUCUCAAAACAUCGAAGAUGUCGUUAAAAAAUAUAUUCAUGAUAAUAAUGUGAUGAUAUUCUCUAAAUCAUUUUGUCCAUAUUGCAAAAAAGUUAAAGAUGCUUUUGAAACAGCUAAUAUUGAAUAUUAUGCAAUUGAACUCGAUACAAUGGCUGAUGGUGUCGAAAUUCAAAAUGAAUUAGUCAGACAAACAACACAAAAAACUGUACCAAAUGUUUUUGUUAAUAAACAACAUAUCGGUGGUUGCGAUAAAACAUUAUUAGCCAUGAAAGAAGGCGUUAUUGAUCAACUAUUAAAGCCUCGAACAACAACCAUGGAACACGAUCAAGAUGAUUCGUCAGUCACAAAUAGUCAGAAUAUCGAAGAUAUUGUUAAAAAAUAUAUUCAUGAUAAUAAUGUGAUGGUAUUCUCUAAAUCAUGGUGUCCAUAUUGCAAAAAAGUUAAAGCUGCUUUUGAAACAGCUAAUAUUGAAUAUUAUGCAAUUGAACUCGAUACAAUGGCUGAUGGUGUUAAAAUUGAAGAGGAAUUAAUUAGACAAACAGCACAAGAAACUGUACCAAAUGUUUUUGUUAAUAAACAACAUAUCGGUGGUUGCGAUAAAACGUUAGUAGCCAUGAAAGAAGGCGUUAUUGAUCUACUAUUAACACCUCGAACAACAGUUACAAAUGGAAAAAUGGAAGUGGAAGAACAAAAUUAUAAUUAUGAUCUAAUUGUGAUUGGCGGAGGCUCUGGAGGAUUAGCGUGCUCGAAAGAGGCAAAGUACUUUGACAAGAAAGUGUGUGUGUUAGAUUAUGUUAAACCAACGCCAGUUGGAACUACCUGGGGUAUUGGUGGCACAUGCGUUAAUGUUGGCUGUAUUCCGAAGAAAUUGAUGCAUCAAGCCUCAUUAAUUGGCGAAUAUGUUCAUGAUAGUGAAGAUUACGGAUGGCAAGAACUAGAAUCAGCUCGUAAACAUGACUGGGAUAAAAUGAUCGAGAGCAUUCAAAAUUAUAUUCAUUCAUUAAAUUUCAAAUAUCGAACAGAUUUACGAACAAAAUCAGUUGUUUACGAAAAUUCAUAUGGACAGUUUGUGGGACCUCACAGACUCAAAUUAACAGAUAAAAAGGGUAAAACAAAAGAAAUAACCGGAAAAUAUAUUGUUGUCGCCGUAGGUGGUAGACCAAAAUAUCCAGAUAUACCGGGAGAUAAAGAAUAUGGAAUAACAAGUGAUGAUCUCUUUUCAUUAUCGUAUGAUCCGGGUAAAACUAUCGUUGUUGGUGCAUCGUAUGUUGCAUUAGAAUGUGCCGGUUUUCUUCAUGGUAUCGGUCGUGAAGUUCAUAUUCUCGUUCGUUCUAUUCUAUUACGUGGUUUCGAUCAACAAAUGGCGAAUCGUAUCGGAGAUUAUAUGAAAAACAUUGGCAUUCAAUUUCAUGAAAAAUGUAUUCCGAUUCGCAUUGAGCGUUUGGAAGAAGGUAAACCUGGCCGAUUACGAGUGUACUAUCAACGCGAAACGGAAGAUGGUAAAAAAGAGGAAUUGUACGAAGAUUGUAAUACGGUAUUAUUCGCUAUUGGACGAGAAGCUAUUACACAAGAAUUAAAUCUGGGUGCAGUUGGAGUGAAAAUAAAUCAAAAAAAUCAAAAAAUUCUAACACAUUAUGAACAAUCAUCAGUUGAUCAUAUUUAUGCUAUUGGAGAUUGUAUUCAUGAAGUGUCAAUGCCAUUUGGACAAGCACUAGAAUUGACACCUGUAGCGAUACAAGCUGGUCAAUUAUUAGCAAAAAGAUUAUUUGGCGAUAGCACAAUUAAAAUGGAUUAUAAAAAUGUUCCAACAACAAUUUUUACUCCAAUCGAAUAUGGUACGAUUGGGUGGUCCGAAGAGGACGCUAUUGAAAAAUAUGGCGAAGAUAAUAUCGAAGUGUUUCAUAGCGAAUUUGUUCCCUUAGAAUGGUCAAUAUGUAAACAUCGAGAAGAUGUUAAAACAAUGUGUUAUUGUAAACUAAUUGUAGAGAAAAAAACCGAUCGUGUUAUUGGUUUUCAUGUUGCUUCACCGAAUGCCGGUGAAAUUACUCAGGGUUAUGCUGUUGGAAUGAGAUUAGGUGCAACAAAGCGAGAUUUCGAUAUGACUGUUGGAAUUCAUCCAACUUGUUCUGAAAUGAUAACAACACUAUUAAUAACAAAAUCCUCAGGAAAAUCAUCGAAACAAGAAGGAUGCUGA